UGCUUUACAAAACUAGCGAACCCCAAGAAAGUCACAACCCACUAGAGAGGAUAAAAUGAACCAUUAGUAAUAUACUUGUCUCUCUUGGCUACGGUCACUAAUAACUGCUGUCGUGGCCUUAAACCGCCAUGGCAACAACACUAAAAUUCAUAGGAAUAGCGUAUUCAUCUUAGGCAAACGUAAAGCUCCGGAACUUCGUGUUAACGAUGAUAUCCGACGAUCGUUCGGCGGCGCUCGUCUCAAAAAGGUACUGGCGUAGUUCGAGCAUGUGACGAUAUUAUGACGUUUAACUUUCGGAAGACUUCGGUUCUCUCGCUACCAUAUAUGGGCAAUGCGUGUGGCGAAGUUGAUAGUUCGUUAAAACGACGAGUUUGUAGAUUAUAUUUGGAGAGUCAAAUUUUAACCAAAUGCUCUAAAUCAUAACCUAGAAAAAUAUUUUGCAGGAUCGAUAAUUCAACUUCUGGACUUCUCUCAUGAAUCUCCUUGGCGUGUGGUGUGUAUAUGUGAAAGACUGGGUAAAUAAAAAAAGAAAAAUACACAACGACUAAUGAACGCUAGUUAUCUUUUUAGUUGCAACGUCAUUUUGACGUCGGCCAAACGUAGGCAGGCGGAUUCUGGUCUGAUUGGCUGAGCGUUAGGUUCCGGUUCCCAAAUAUGGAAGAGACCACGCAGUGGCCUUCAUUCAUCUGGUUUAUUUCAUUCAGCUGACGUUUAACAAAGUACACCUAGAAACGAGGAUAGAAGCAGACAGAGUUGGGCUUUCCACAUGAUAACAGUUGAAAUGGUGAAUCCUUAUCUUGUGUAUACAUUGAAUAUGAGCGUCAAACGGCCUACUGACAAGUAAACAAUCCUUUCGGAAAUAUAAGGGCACGUGCUGCUGUUUCUUACUGGUCCGGCUGUGGAGGUUUCCACGGAAACCCCUUAAGAGUCUUAGCAUGAUUAUGGACGUUUUAGAUACCCUCUCUCGUACAGUUCUGGACGAUCACUGUUUCUCUGAAAACUCUCACACUUACAAGUCCUUCUUCUUAAAGCUGACUACUCCGGAGUCCGUAGCGAGUACAGACUCCCCCCGGAGAUCUCCCGGCUCUUCUAAUGAGGCGAUGCCGGAUAUUUUUAAAACUCCGAUAUCUACUGGAAACGGUUUCUUUCACCCCGAAGAACAAGCUCUCUACGCUCUUUCUACUUCAGCCGAGGCGGUGGUCCCCUCUACCGAGAAGCCUGAUCAAGGGAUGUUCCCCAGUAGCUCCCCACAGCAAACCGCCACAUCUCAAAGUCUUUCGUAUAACCGUACAACCCCUCCCGCCCAGCAGGGAGGUCAGGGUCAGGUUCUAGGGUGGCUGGACCCUGAGAAAGCAUCAGACUUCGGUCCUUUUCUAAAUAUAUCCAGUCCUCACACGGUUUCGCCACCACCACCUCCUGGUCAGGGAACAGCUUCGCCUGCUCCUUCUUCUCACUUCUCCGCUUCUCCCACCCACGGAACAUUUGAGACGAUCAUUGCACCACCUCAUCCUCUAGCAGAAACAAUGGUUCAAGAACAUUUCUUCAUUAGCCCUCAGGGCCAACAGGAACUGUUACAGUUUGACACCAGUGGUCAGGGAUUUACCGUGAAACAGUCUCCUGUGUAUGGCAGUUGCACUGGUCCUGAGGGGAACGUCGCGGCUCUCGUAGCAGCUGCUGGGGGAAUGCCUCCACAGUCCAUGAUCUUCCAACAAGGGAUAGAACUAGCAUCCACCUCAGGACAAUGGACCACCCCGGUUUUUAACACGCCUGAUUACGGACCUGUUCAUCUCGAAGCGGGCUCAUCUACUGUAUUUCCAAAACAAGAACCUGUCCCUGAAGCCGGCUUUCUCCCUGGGCAAGGACUAGCCGAAUACAACCAAGCCACUAGUAAGGGACACGAGAUUCUCAGCCAGGCUUAUCAGUCUAGCCCAAUUCCUUUCAAGCUGGUGCCUGUGAAACAACGCAAGUACCCCAACAGGCCUAGCAAGACGCCAGUCCACGAACGACCUUAUGCUUGUCCAUUAGAAGCUUGCGACCGGAGGUUCUCUCGCAGCGAUGAACUGACCCGCCACAUCCGGAUCCACACUGGUCAAAAACCUUUUCAAUGCCGGAUCUGUAUGAGGUCAUUCAGUAGGAGUGACCACUUAACUACACAUAUUCGCACACAUACUGGUGAGAAGCCGUUUUCCUGUGAUUUGUGCGGCCGCAGGUUCGCUCGAAGCGACGAGAAGAAGCGACACACCAAGGUUCACUUGAAGCAGAAACAGAAGAGAUCGGCCACACAGGCUCAGGCUAGCGAGGGUGCGGGCCCAAGUAGCAGAAGUGAACUUUCUCAGGAUGACCCCUCCUCAAGUCUGGUUCCUAGCAGCUCUUUCUCCCCGUCAGAAACUGUGUCAGUGACCACUUCCGCCUUACAGUAAACUUGACCUUUAGACAGAAAGAGAUGUCCAUAUUAUCAAACCAUGUUUGAUGACCGUUCGGACUUUAACGAACAAGUAUUUGAAAACUGGAAAGUAAGGGUCUGAGGGUGCUCUUUUUACCCGUGUAGCUGAUUGAGCAUCAGUUCCCGUUAGGGGGCCAUGCCUUGAUUAAGCCACAAUCUGUGCCUCAGGCCCCUUCUUCGCUACCAAAUUUUUAACAUUGGCUCAGUAAAUACUUCUGCUUCUGAGUUUGUAAAGAAAGCAUUUACACUUGUUGUCCUAAAACACAACAGAUUAUUUGUUUAUUGAUUGUAUAUAACUGUUAACGUUUGAAAAAAAAAGGUCUGAUUCAAUCGUUUUAACUCAAAAGACCUUUUUUGUUUAAAUGUUAAAACAUUAAUGUCUCGCACAAUUUAUCUGCCAUCUUAUGUUUUUAACAGGAAUUUAUAAAUAUAAUGAAAAAUAACAAUUCUGACUGAUUCUCUGUGCAAAAUGUAUUAACAAGACUGCCUGAAUUAAAAGCAGAAGUUUAGGUAUGGAUAACCUCAGUCUUUCUUGAACUUUUUUUGCUUAAAAAAUAUGAUCUGUUACCAGCGCCAUAUCAUAUUGGAUAGUUAGUUUUAAUAUAUUCAGUUUGUUUGUUUCAAUUUCAGAAGAUUGAUUUAAUGAAUAACGAUCGAUGUACCAAUAGUUUGAAAGAAGUCAACUUAACCGUGAGAAAAUGUACAUUUUGUGUGAGCAAAACGAUGUUUAUAUAUUUUGAGAAAACGUUUGUUUCUGUUUGUAGUUACCUUACAAAAGGUUCAAAGUCAUCUACUUAUAAGUGAUUUCACUAAUAUAGUCCUGUACAAACGAAGAAACGCCAACUAGAAAACGUUUCUUAUGAAAUUUUAAAUGGCUAGUUGUUUUAAUACCAAAUAGCUUUGAAAACACAAAAAUAGACAUUUAUUGUCGUUGAUUUCAUUCAGGCCUAUAGUUUGCGAUAUUUAUUAUAGUUUGUCCACUUUAGACAAU